AUGACACCUCUUCGUGGUGACGGUUUUGUUUUCUUUCUUUCACUUCUUUGUUGCUUUCCGAUUCUUUCUUUCUUUCUUUCUUUCUUUCUUUCUUUCUUUUAUUCUUUCUUUCUUUCUUUUGUUUAUUUGUUUGUUCCUAUCUGGUUUUUCUUUCUUUCUUUCUUUCUUUCUUUCUUUCUUUCUUUCUUUUAUUCUUUCUUUCUUUCUUUCUUUCUUGUUACAGGCCUUUCUUUCUUUGUUAUAUCGCAUACGAUUAUGUCACGUCAUUGUUAUAUCUAUCUAUCUAUCUAUCUAUCUAUCUAUCUAUCUAUCUAUCUAUCUAUCUAUCUAUCGCAGUCUGUUCAUUAUCUAUCUAUCGCAGUCUGUUCAUUAUCUAUCUAUCUAUCUAUCUAUUGUGGAUCUGUUCACUAUCUAUCUAUCUAUCUAUCUAUCUAUCUAUGUCUGAUUAUAUAUCUCCCUCUAUCCCCCUAUAAUUUAUCUUCUGUUCGUAUCUAUCUAUCUAUCUAUCUAUCUAUCUAUCUAUCUAUCAAGAUCAACAGGCAUCACUGCUACAAGCAAGCAAGCCCUCCUUGUCGAGAAUACCGUCACCUCGGCAACGCCAACACACUACAGCGGCCGAAUAUUCAGCCUGGGCACAUCAUGCUCAAGAUACCAAUCCUCACAAUUGAUAACAUCUCAACGUCGACCCUCCCCCCCCCCCAGUUACAAGUCUUCCAUGGCACCAAUGCCGUCACCUCAGCAAACCCGUCUCACUACAGCGACUCCGCAAGCAACUGA